UACUCAGGAUAUAAGACAAAAGAAUCAUAUUUCUUUAUAUAUCUCUCCAUAAACAGCUGCUCAAAAUCCUAUUCUUGAAAUGGCUAAGGCUACUUCUUCCAUCUUCCUCCUCCUGGUUAUCCUAUCAUCAACCCUACUGUCAGUCAAACCCAACACAACCACAAUCGAAAUAACUUGCAAAACCACAAACUACUAUCGCCUCUGCGUCUCAGCUCUCAAAUCCGACCCAAGAAGCCUCACAGCCGACACAAAAGGUCUAGCCGCCAUUAUGGUCGGCGUUGGUAUGAAAAGCGCCACGGCAACCGCCACUUACAUAGCCGGAAACCAUACCGCCGCCGCCACAAACGACACCGUCCUCAAGAAGGUCUUAAAAGAUUGCUCCGACAAGUAUGCUCUCGCAGCUGAUUCUCUUCGGCUAACGGUUCAAGAUCUUGAUGAUGAAGCUUAUGACUAUGCUUACAUGCAUGUGUUGGCGACGCAGGAUUAUCCUAACGUUUGUCGGAAUAUUUUCCGGCGAGCUAAAGGUUUGGUUUAUCCUACGGAGAUUCGCCGGCGUGAAGUGAGUUUGAGACGUAUAUGCGGUGUUGUCUCCGGGAUUCUUGAUCGGCUUGUCGAAUGAUUAUUGUUGAACUAUUUUUCCUUUUUAAAAAGACAAAAAAAAAGACUUUGGUAAAAUGGCAAAAUCUCUAUUUGUAAUUUUUAUGUUAGUUAUAAAUCUCUACUAAAUUUGGAAUUUGUAAGUUUUAAUACAUUUUCUCUAUCUUUCUUCUC